GCUACAAUUCGUCUAAGCAAAUUAAUGUCGUAAGACAAUGUUUUGAUUAAUAGAAAUCCAUAAUUUAAUGUAGUCGAGGUUAACGACUUUCCAUGACGUCACCGGGUCGAAGAACUGAAUUCAGCGCAAGCAUCGCGUAUGGCAGUACAGAAAGUUGUUCUUUUCAGCCAUUGACAUCAACUGUCAUGUUCGAAAUGUGAAGAUUUGAAUUCGGGCGCCUGAUCACCAUGGAAGAAUCCAGUCAGCCGGCUUCCCAGUUCACCAGGGAGGACGUUAUGAAUUUACGAUUUCCUUACAAAUUGCGGAUACUAAUUGAGAAACCGAAUAAAGUGGUAAGUUGGGGUCGAGACGGAACCACAGUCUUGCUGGACUACGUCGCUCUCAAUGUUUACCUCUCGUCAUCCGGGUCGAUUUUUAAAUCCAAGACUGGCUACAAAUUCCUUCGACAAUUGACUUCCCACGGCUUCAAAAGACUCUCCUCGGAGCAUGAGGAUAAAAAGGAACUCAACCCGGACGGAGUGAUUUUGGAGUACCAACACGAGAGCUUCCAUCGAAAUCGUGAAGAUUUAGUUGGGAAGAUUCAGAAGGUAACUGGGGAGCAGAAACAAAUGCCAAAGUCAACAUGCCCAACUCUAAGCCAUGAACAGAAUCAGCGACCACAGGACCCGUGCCUGUGUAAGGUUCGGCCGCUGACACCGAUUGAGCGAGCCAGACUGCACUUGAGGAUUCUUCUACAAAUGCAGAACGAGAACUACAUGUUGAACAAGAAACUCUCGGAUUGCGAGCAGAAAUCGCCUUCGAGUGCAGUGUCUGUGAUUGAAUUGCCUGCGGAUGCGUUCGAGAAUCCUUUCGACAGCAUUUCACAAUUCGAGGAGAAUCCAGAGUAUGCGGGCUACUAUGGGAAUGCGACAACUGAGCAAAUCAAGCAAUUCUUUGAUGAAUAUUUGCCAAUUUACGCCCAAGCUAAUGGUGAAGAGUGGAACCUUUCCCUGUUAUUACAAUUCAGUGACUCACAUCCUUCUUCUCAAAACCCUCCCUGUCAAUUUCAUUCCCAUUCCAGUCAAAAGGAACCUCAACCCAAAUCAUUCUCGUCUUCAUCCUCCUUUUCCUAUGUUGUGCCCACUGAACCGAGCGAAGAUCUGGCAACUGAUCUGUCUUCGAACCUGUCCAACUUCCAAAUAAAAUACUCCGUCAAUUUGGAUACCACCAACGACAAUAAGGAAUACACUCUGAACAUUUUAGAAGAAACUUGCUCCCGCAUUGCCUCCUCAGAUUUGGCAGCAGAUGCAGCAAUGCCUUCGUAUAUCGACUGUGAGAACCCCACGGACGCCAGUGCCCGGGAUGAGGACAUCUCCAUGGAUGAAUAUUUGAAAUUCAAAACCAAUUCCGAGAAAACUGACGACGGAUAUGGUGAAGUGGCCGGAACUGUCGACGAUAUCAAACGUGAAAUCGUGGAUGAUAAUGUGAACUGUGAUACGCUGGAGAAAAUGGCGCAGAUGAGCAGCGGUGCCGACAUGGAGGACGAUAGCAGCGAGAAUAAUUUUAAGAAUUUCUUCAACCAAUACCGAGAGAGUAUUAAUUUGCUUUACGAUUGAGCUGUGCGUCAGUAUUAUCAAUUGAUUAAUGUUAAUCGUUUAUUAGAUAUUUAUGUCUCCGAUUUUUAUCACUUGUUGCCUUAUUUAUUGAUCUCAUUUUUUGAAAUGGUUCAUGUCUUGUUAAAUCAUGGAUAA